AAUACCAAGAAAUGAGGGAGAUGAAGGUAUUGUUUGUGCAAAUGAGUGAGAAGAUGAAUAAGAAGGUGGCAACGAGCGAAAGAGGUUGGAAUAACAAAUUCCUAGUCCAAACAUGAAGUAGCACGCAUUGAUGGAUGGUAUAGAUGUUGAAUGGAUGCAGCAUUCUUUACACAAGAUGCAAAUGGUGAGUUUGCUGGUCACAUGGGCUGGUCUUCUAAGUCUUAAUAAGACUUAGCAAGCUGGAACUCGUUAGUCAAUCACUAAUGCAUUGGUGUUUGAUGGAGGAGAUUGCUAAGACUCAUUUCCAGUUGUAGGCAUUUGAAUGUUCGUUAUGUAAGAAGAGCGUUUAUUGAGACGACACAUAAAUUUGCAUAUAUUGUCACUGAUAAAGUUAUAAAAUUAUUUUAUUUUUAUGUUUUUUAAAAGGUGAAGUUAGUUUAAACACGGAAAGAGAAGGUUUUUUUGUCGUGGCCACAUUUUCUAAGCUUAUCUAGAAAACUUGCAAUUCCCAAAACAAUCUUUCAACACAACACUAUCCAUGGCGCCAUCUUCCAACACUCUACAACACGACCACAGCCUCCAACCACUGCUCCAAUCAGCCCGCCCUUUCCUGCGCGGCGAGCUCCAUCACGUCGACCAACACCUACCGCGCCUCGUCUCCGUGCUUCAGGCCACCGGCGCCGGCGAGUGCUGGCACAAGCACGGCAGCUUCCUCGACCACCUCAUCGGCGUCUACCGCAUCCUCAAGCUUUGGAACGCCCCCGACGCCGUCUGCCUCUGCGGCCUCUUCCACUCCGCCUACUCCAACUCCUACGUCAACCUCGCCAUCUUCCCGCCCUCCUCCACCGGCCGCGACACCGUCCGCGGCCACGUCGGCUCCGCCGCCGAGCGCCUCAUCCACCUCUUCUGCAUCGUCCCCCGCCAGCCUCUCAUCCACGACCUCCUCCUCUUCAAAUACACCGACGCCGAGCUGGUCGACCACCUCCGAUCGUCCGAGAUCGCUCUCCAGAAGUUUCGCGGAGGCGGAGAGCUUGGAGAAGACGAGAGCUGGCGCGCUAAGCUCCAGUCGAUCUGCCCCGCGGAGGGGAUCAACGUGAAGCACAUCAAAACCGGCGAGGAUCUGCUGAUCUCGAGGCGGCUGGUGGCGAUCUUCCUCUUGAUGACGAUCGCGGAUUUCAGCGAUCAGCUCUUCAGCUUCCAGGAUACCUUGUUCGACAACCACGACGGCCGCCUCGAGUUCGUCGGCAACAACACUCUCACUUCUCUCUGGCCCGGCGACGGCAAGCCGGGGCUGUGGAUGAGCUCCGCGUCGCGAAUGGCGGCGAUCUACACUCUGAUUGUAAGAGAAGAGGAGAUAUACCUAAAAACUGCGGGCGAGGCGGUGGCGGCGGAUAGAGACGGAGAGCUGGAGCUGGUGGUUCCUCCGGUGUUCGACGGGUGCACUAGGGUUUUGGAUCGGAAGGAACAGAUUGCGGCGAGGGAUCUGUACUGGAAGGCGGUAUGCGGCGCGGCGGAGAUGGGGUUGGAAAGGGCGGAGGAGAUGCUGGUGGAGAGCGUGGCGAAGAAUCCGUUCGUAGGGGAGGGUUAUGUGGUGUUGGGGCAGAUAUAUUUAGGGAAAGGAGAGUUCGAGGCGGCGGAGGAGGCGGCGGCGAGAGGGCUGAGAUUGCUGCUGGAGUGGGGGAGCCCGUGGGAUAAGAGGAUGACGUGGCAAGGAUGGGUUGCGUGGUGUAGGGUGCUGCUCAUGAAGGCUAAGGACAAGUCAUGGCCUCAAACCUCUUUUGGUAUUCUCAACUUGGGCCUUGUUGCCUAGAAUCAUACUACCAACAAUUAUUGUCUAUAACAACUUGGGCCUUUUUUGGCUCUCUCUUAUUUUCUAUAAAAUAAAUUUCAACCUUUAUCAUUA